CCGGGAAACUUCUCAUCGCUUCCUGUUUCACGGAGUGUUGUCAAGUGGUGUCCAUUUAAUUGAAAUCAGUAUUAAUAAAGAACGUGGAAGUUUUUACAACUUGCUUGCAUCGCAGGUACCGCAGGUGGCGCUGUGAAGCUACACGUUGGUCUCCAGCAGGUGGCGCUGUGACGCUACCCGUUGGUCUCCAGCAGGUGGCGCUGUGACGCUGUGACGCUACCCGUUGGUCUCCAGCAGGUGGCGCUGUGACGCUACCCGUGAUGCUCGGUUUUUUUUCAAGAUGACUGAUCCCUCCGCGUCGACCGAAGAUACCUGGAACAAAGCUGACCCAACCUACAGUGACAAUGGAUUUGACCCAACUUUCUUUGCAGACUGCACAAGGAAAGGAAGUCUAGGGUCCAGAGCUAACAGCAUUGGAUCUACAAGUGCAUCCUCUGUACCCAACACAGCCGAUUGCAUGACAGACAAUGAUUGUUCUCCAACUGCAGAUGACGAAGACAGUGAUUACCGGCACGAAACGUCUUACAAGGAGUCCUACAAAGACCGACGGAGGCAGGCGCACACUCAGGCAGAGCAGAAAAGACGAGACGCUAUCAAGAAAGGUUAUGAUGAUCUUCAGGCAAUCGUUCCAACGUGCCAGCAACAAGACCACUGUAUCGGAUCACAGAAAAUCAGCAAAUCCACGGUCUUGCAGAAAACUAUUGACUACAUCCAGUUUUUACACAAAGAGAAGAAAAAACAGGAAGAAGAUGUCUCCACUUUAAGGAAGGAAGUCAUGGCACUGAAGAUUAUGAAAGCUAAUUACGAGCAGAUUGUGAAAGCCCACCAGAAUAAUCCCCACCAGGGGAAAGGUCAGGUGUCAGACCUGGUGAAGUUCAGCCUCUUCCAGAACAUCAUGGACUCUCUGUUCCAAUCCUUCAAUUCCACUAUCUCCGUGACGAGCUUCCAGGAGCUCUCUGCCUGUGUCUUCAGCUGGAUUGAGGAACACUGCAAACCGCAGACCCUCCGGGAGAUUGUGGUCGGAGUGCUGCAGCAGGUAAAUAACCAAUUGUACUGAAACAGUGCCGUCCAAGCGAAAGAGGAAACUGAAGUCGUGGGAUACCUCGAUGCCUGGCCAUUUUGAAGAAGAAACGUUUGAGUUCCACAAAGGAACUGGGUGUAUCAUUUUUUUUCUUUCUCUCCAGAUACACAGAUGUGCUUUUAAAAAACAAAAUCUUGCAAAGGCUAUUUUUUUUUUCUUUUUAGCGUUAUGUUAUUUCUCCUUUUUGAAGUAAACUUGUAUUCCAGUUUCUGAAAAGUUUAGUUGGUCGCUUAGUGGUCAAUUGUGACAAACUUGAUCAUUUAGUCCUUAGUUCUGUACUAAGUUGAGUACCAGCUUGUAUAAUUUCCAGUGUUUUUAGUACUAGUAAGUGACAUCUAGCAGACAGGCUUUUUGCAGAAAAUAUUGUUCAUUCUAAAAAUGUAACCUUUUUACCCAGGUUUUGAAGUAUCAGCAGUUGCAACAGCCAUAGUCACUUAUACAAGCCAUAUGAAAAUAGUGCAACCAUUCUUAAUUUCUUUAGUAUCUUAACUGCAGUGCACUCUCAAGAGAAAAGGGAUCCUGUUUGGACCUCAAGUUUCAUUACACUCUUUUUUUUUUUUUUUUUUUUUUUUUUU